UAUCAAACUCUCCCGGACGUGACCCAGCCACAGAUUAUCCCCUAGGCCGUAUCACAUAAUGUUAUACACAUUACAAGAACUCGACGGGUCUCCUCAGCGCCGAAUCACGUAUCUCCCUCCGGGGCGAAACUAUUCAACUUCGCCAUCGUGCGCUAUUCAUGCCACUCCAUCGUUCCAGGGCCCAGCUACGUUCCCUCUCUGGAGUCACAAAUCAUGGUUUUAGAGAUGCUGUCUUCCGUAUCGGCCGAGAUUUUGGGCAUCGAUGGUCAUUUUCUCCGAAAGGGCCCUGCGGGUCCUGCACUCACGACUUCAUGUCAAAAUCCCCUGGUCGCACUGGGGACCCAACAUACUUGCUUAUUUCCGCAUCACAAAAGCCACCGAAUCAGUGAGUUUGGUAGCAGAUCGGCCUAUGCUCUUCCUCGAUAUCGUACCCCUACACCUAGACAUGGACUGGAAGCACUCUCCACUGAUGGUCGCUUCCGAUACGCGCACAUCUGGGACUUCAAUCGGCAAGCCGUUGCACGUUCAAAAAAUACGCACGACCCUGCCUCACCGGACUAUAUCAGGCGUUUUUCGUUGGGGAUUUCAUCUCGCAUCGUCCUUACAUUGCUACCGUCCGCCACGAGUCUUUUUAGGCGCGUGGCUUUCGCGGGCUGUUCUUGGACCAGGAUCAGCUUACUUUGGUAUGGUUGCGAAAUGACGGCGCGGUUGAUAUUUGGGUCGUUUCCCCUGAGUUGGCAGCCGAUGGCUCGGACUAGAACAAGUUCAUCAUGACUACAAUGCCGAUAUUGAUUGUUGAAUUUUGAUGCAGACCGACUAUCUCAACAGUGCAUGAUGGAUUGCGGUCUAGAUGUACCUACUGAGUAUCAAGAUUUACUUUGUGCGGCAUUACAUACGUAAUUCAUCAUUUUGCCGCAGCCUGGCUAGUCCUGA